GUGAAGGCUAGGCUACGCCGUGGAGUAUGUUUACACCAGAUAUCUCACAUCGAUUUUAUAACUGACAAUUUCGUGUGUAUGUGAAAUUGACAAUUUCGUGUGCAUAAAUUUUUGCCUGAAGGUAUUUUAAUAGAACGUGUUAGAUCUUCCUAUUUGAUAUAAUGACUAAUGGAGCUAUGGACGACACGUGUUCCGAAUCUAACAAACCUGAGAUCAAGAGAGUUUUGACAAGAUUUAAAUCAGACACAGGAGAAAUCUUGUCGGGUGGGUUGUUGGAUCUUCCACUGGACGUUACUGUAGAUAAGUUACAACUCAUUUGCAAUGCCUUGCUCCAAUCCGAGCAUCCGAUACCAUUGGCAUUCUAUAUCGAUGAUGUCCAAGUCGUUGGGACUUUGGAAGAAAAUUUGGAUGGAAAUUUCAGCACGAGUGAAAAUGUCGUUGAGAUCGUUUACCAACCGCAAGCAGUCUUUAAAGUCAGGGCAGUUACCAGGUGCACCGCGUCUAUGGAGGGUCAUCGAGAGGCUGUGGUGUCUGUUGCUUUCUCACCAAAUGGCAAACAUCUAGCAAGUGGCUCUGGAGAUACGACGGUACGAUUCUGGGACAUUCAUACGCAAACUCCUCAUUAUACUUGUACAGGACACAAACAUUGGGUUUUAUGCUUAGUUUGGUCUCCCUGUGGUACAAAACUCGCUUCUGCCUGUAAAAAUGGGACCAUCCUACUGUGGGAUCCCGAAACGGGAAAACAAAUAGGCAAGCCAAUGUUGGGACACAAGAUGUGGAUAACAGCUUUGUCCUGGGAACCAUUUCACAGUAAUCCAACCUGCCGAUUUUUAGUCAGUGCAUCCAAAGAUUGUGACUUGAGAAUAUGGGACACUGUACUAGGGCAGACGUCGAGGGUUUUAGCUGGGCAUACGAAAAGUGUCACUUGCGUUAGAUGGGGUGGAACUGGCCUUAUAUAUUCAGGCUCACAGGAUCGGACGAUCAAAGUCUGGCGUGCUUCAGAUGGGAUUCUGUGUAGAACUUUAGAAGGUCAUGCACAUUGGGUUAACACAUUAGCUUUGAAUGUUGACUACGUUCUUAGGACUGGACCUUUCGAAAUAAAGGCAGAAAAUAGUAACGAUGAUCCAGUAGAGAGAGCCAAGUCACGCUACGAAGCAGUAGGAGAUGAGAAACUCGUAUCUGGGUCCGAUGACUUUACUCUCUUUCUGUGGUAUCCAGCAAAGGAAAAGAAACCAAUCGGGAGAAUGACAGGACACCAACAGCUGAUCAACGAUGUUAAGUUUUCUCCAGACGGCAGACUGAUUGCAUCGGCUUCCUUCGACAAAUCGAUAAAACUUUGGGACUCGAAGACAGGAAAAUAUAUCAGUUCCUUGAGAGGUCAUGUUCAGGCCGUUUACUCGAUUGCAUGGAGUGCGGAUUCUCGACUUCUCGUCAGUAGUAGUGCCGACUCGACUCUAAAAGUUUGGAAUAUGAAGAAUAAAGGUCUUGACCAAGAUUUGCCGGGACAUGCUGAUGAGGUAUACGCCGUUGACUGGUCUCCGGAUGGUCUACGAGUAGCAUCUGGUGGAAAGGAUAAAGUAUUAAAGCUGUGGCAAAAUUAAA